CUGAUGAAGAAGAAGCAAAAUAAAGUGCAGUUUUGAUGUAGAUGAUGUUGUAUACAAACUAGAAGAGGAAGAUAGUAGGAUCUCUGUAUCAUGCUUUGUCACUUUGUACCAUGUAAUUCUUUCUAUUUCCACCAGGGGGUGUUUUCAGAGGUGGUAGGUGGUAAAAGAAGAGGUCAGCAGGAAGAUGGCGAAGAGCGACCAAAGACCAAGAAAAAGAGGCAGUCAGGCAAAGAUGAAGAGUAUUAUAUCCCUUACAGACCUAAAGACUUUGACUCUGAGAGAGGGUUGAGUCUCGGUGGAGAGGGCAGUGCUUUUGAACAGCAGGCCUCUUCAGCUGUCCUUGAUCUCAUGGGAGAUGAAGGCGAUCGCCUUAACCAGCAGAAGAAAAUGAUGAAAUGGGACCGUAAGAGGAAGCGUUUUGUGAGAGAAACGGGAAAAGAAGACCAGAAGAAGAAGAUCAAAACAGACAGCGGUCAGGUUAUCAGUAACAAGAAGAACAGGAAGAAACUUGUUAUGAGCGAAGUGGGAAGGAAAAAAAAUACAAGAUUGAAUGAUAACAGGAGGAUCUGGAUCAGAUGGAGAAACAGGCGGAGGAGGCAGGAGCCAGCAAGAGGUCGUGGCCGUGGCCGACGAGGUCCAAACGUACAGAGCUCCGGUGACCACAAAGCACGCUCGGAGCUGAAAACAAAGGAUCAGAUCAUGAAGCAGCGCAAGAAAAAGCAGAAGCACCAGUUCCUGCAGGGCGGGGGGAUGAGGAAGCUCCGCUCCAAGAACAAAAAGUGGCUCGGAGAAGUUAAAAAGUCAGGUUUUGGAAGGGGUGGCCAUAAGAAAGGCAAGCUGAGGAAGAAACUGGGAGGAGGACAGAGGGUUGAUGGUGUGGAGGACAUCACGAGGAACUGGGUGAUAAGCGUCAGAAUCAUCUGAGAACAUCACCAAAG